UGUCUUUGCAGUGGAGUGGCAGACAACAUGUCCUGGCUCAGGGCUGACCCGCGAUGAGACCCGUCGUGUUCUCAGCGGGCUCCGUGCCAUAACUGACCACUUGGUGUCCUGCCAAGUGCCACCACUGCCGAUAUCUCCGGUCACCGUCCCACACGUUCCCCUUUUCUUCCCCGGGAGGACCGAUGGAGAGACUGCGGGAUUUUCCAAUAUAUGAUCAGCCUCCCGCUGCACCCCGUUGAAACCCACUGCCGUUUCAUCUGCUGUACGCGUCUCCCAGCAGUGUUUUACCCCAUCCUUCGCUACUUCGGACAAUAUGCGCCACAUCCCGGCUUGGUUCGUGGCCUGUCUGGCUGCCGUCACCGCCUCGGCUUCGGCUCCGAGCUGCAGUGCCGAUAGCAAGUGUCCGGAGGAGUAUCCCUGCUGUUACAGUGGACAAUGUGGUGUAGGAACAUACUGCCUGGGAGGCUGCAACCCGCUGGAAUCGUACUCGCUGGAUAGUUGCACGCCGGAGCCGAUUUGCAAGAACCAGACCUACUCGUUCACCAACUUGGACAAUGCCAUCCUGUACGACCAAUAUCUCGGCAACGCGACCGAAUAUGACUGGGUGUACAGCGGUUAUCCCAAGAUCAAGAACGAGACUCUGUGGUUGACCAUGCCCAAUGGGACCACGGGCAGUUUAUUCGCCCUCAACCAUUACAUCUGGUACGGCAAGGUGUCGGCCCGGAUCAAGAGUAGUCGCACCGGGGGUGUCGUCACCGGUUUCAUCCUGAUGUCGGACGAUUCGGAUGAGAUUGACUACGAAUGGGUUGGAUACAACCUGACGAGUGUGCAGACCGACUUUUACUUCCAAGGCGUGCAAAACUACACCAACGAACGCAACGCGGCCGUGACCCCCAAUGACACCUUCGCCGACUGGCACACCUACACGAUUGACUGGAAGCCCGAUGUCCUGGAAUGGAUCGUCGACGGCACCGUCAUGCGCACGCUGACCAAGAACUCGACUUACAACGCCACCUCCGGGGUCUACAUGUACCCGCAGACGCCUUCUCGGCUGGAAAUGUCCAUCUGGCCUGGUGGCUCUGAAGCCGAGGGUCUCGGCACGAUCGAAUGGGCUGGCGGUCUGAUCGACUGGGACAGCACGGAUAUCAAGGAAUACGGUUACUUCUAUGCCCAGUACAAGGACAUUACGAUCGAGUGCUACGAUUACCCGUCCGGGGCUCUUGUCGAGGGUGACAGGUCCUACGUGUAUACCAGUGACAGCGGCCUGUCGAACACGAUUGAAGUGUCGGGUAAUGAUACCGUGUUGUAUAAUCUGCAGGAUACGGGGUUGAACAUGACGGCGGGGUCUAAGACCACGGCAAGCAAUUCGGAGUCGGGGUCGGGGUCGAGCUCGAGUUCGAGUUCUGACAGCACGGGAACUGGCACUGGAGACAGUAAGAAUGCGGGAUCCCGGGUGGUGGGAUCGAUGAGUGUGGCGGUGGCUGUAGCUGGUGUGUUGAGUUUGCUGUAAUUGACCUGUGGCUAUAUAGUCCUUGUAUGUGGUAUAUUCUUGC